GGGCAUCUACACCUGCAGUGCAAAUGUACCCACACAGUGUCUAUCUAUUGAAUAUAAUUCAAUUUUGCCGGUUGGUUUAGGAAUUGUUCUCUGUUCCCUGAGUUGGUCCUUUUUUAGUCCAUUGUUUUUUUUUUUAUUAUUAUUAUCAUGGUUAUGCUGGUUAUGGUUAUUUGGCCUUUCUUCAAUACGAAAACUGAAUGAUGACCUUUAUUUUGGUAUAUCUUUGUCUAAAUGUUGCCGGAAGUUGAGCCAGAACGCUGCAGCGUCGAAGCAGUGUUGCUUUGAUAACUCGAGACGUGUGUCGAGCAUCUGUAGUUAUUUUUCAUAUCAAGUGUCCAUUACUGGCGUUUGCAUUCCCACGGUGAGAGGUGGAACACUAUGGCAUCAGGAUAUGGGAAAGCUGGUGGUGCCGUGGGCGAUAAUGUCACCUUUCUCUGUGGUGGAGUACUUCCAGAGGUUGAGAUUAUGUCAAAAUAUCUGAAAGAACUGGAUAAGGAACAGUUUCGCUCCAUACUUAAAGCUGUGGUGAACACAAUCGAAGGGAAGGACUGCUGUGAAGCUAUGAACGCCAUCGUUGAAAGUGGCAUUGUCACUGAAGAGAAAUUAAGUCACAUCAUCGCAGGAAUGUUUGGUCUGCUGAAAGAAGCUUUACGCCUUCCGAAGUCGUCAUUAAAACAUGAGGUGUUCCAAGAGGACUUGCGAGCCCUUAGGAUAUCAGAGGAGUGUAUAACAGACUUUUCUAGUGUUGUGUUUGGAAACCGACGCAUGGUUCUGGAAACUGUAGGCACUCAACAGGUUACACAGCUACCAAGCAUCAAAGACUUCACAUGGAGAGUAGAUGUCGCCAUUUCAACAAGCUCUAUUUCCCGGGCUCUGCAACCUUCCAUACUCACGCAGAUUCAGUUGUCGGAUGACACCAGACAUUGCUUUGAGAUUCCUGUUUCGAAGUUCCAAGAAUUGCGCUACAACGUUGCUCUCAUUCUAAAGGAGAUGAAUGACCUAGAGAAAAAAAACAUUCUCAAGAUUCAAGACUGACCAAUUGCCUGCAAGGCCAUUUCAUCAUCCUGAGAAUCAGCCUGGAUCAGAAAUGUGUGUAAUCAGCAAAAUAUUACAUGACAAACACUUUUCUAUUCUUAGAGAUCCAUUGUCUGAUCACAUGCUGCUUUAAGCUUUGCUUUGAGUAAAUUGAUGCCUUUUUGUCUUAAUUUUGUCUCGUGUCUCAACUGAGAUGUUAAACCUUUUUACAAAUGCAAUAAAAUAUGAUAUAAUUGAAGCAUUAUAUGCUCUAAUAAAAGUAUUAUAUUAACA